CUUUCACAUAACUAACUGAAUUUCUCAAUUUUGGAGUGAGAUAAUUGCAGGGAUCAAUGUCAGUCUCGACCAAGUGGAACUCAACUUUUUUUUCUUUUUUUUUAUGCAUUCCCUCCGAGCACAUUGCCCAAUUGGUAUGCGCUCAGCGGGGACCGUCUUUGUUUUCCAGCAGCGCCAGUCCCAGAAUAUGGCCAAUAAUGAUGCUGAGGGGCGGGGAGCAGCGCGGGCUGCAGACCCACUGAGUCUCAGAGUCUGGCGGGGUGCCGAGGAGAGGCAGCAGGCAGCGGUGGCGGAGAUGGGCUCACACCUCUGAAUCACAAGUCAAUGUCUAGUCGCUCACACCUCUGAAUUACAUCUUAGCCUUCAGUCAAGCAUCUCGGAGACCCGGGACCACUUUUUUUGGAGGGUUUUUUUUUGCUUGUGGCGUCUAUAAAGACUGGUAGACUGAAGCUUACCAGAAAGCAGGAGCGGGUUUCUAGUUGCAUUCCGACGCUCUGCACUCCUGUCGCCUCACCUGCACGGCCGGUGAAGAGGUCCGCUGUGGUAACAAUGCAUCCAGAUAAGCACUUACCUGAACUGGUGGCCGAGAAAAACAGCUUGGACCCCUCCUUUGUGCAUGCGGUGCGCCUGCUUGCAGAAGAGAUUGAAAAGUAUGAAGGUGAUGAAUUGAGGAAAGAUGGUGACACGAAGAAAUACCUAGAUAUCAUCAGCAAUAAAAAUAUCAAGCUCUCCGAAAGAGUUCUCAUUCCAAUCCAACAGUAUCCAAAGUUUAAUUUUGUCGGGAAGCUGCUGGGACCACGGGGAAAUUCCAUGAAACGAUUACAAGAGGAGACGGGAGUGAAGAUGUCCAUCCUCGGCAAAGGGUCCAUGAGGGAUAAAGACAAGGAAGAAGAAUUAAGGAAAAGCGGGGAGGCCAAAUACGCCCACCUGAGUAAUGAUCUUCACGUUUUAAUUGAAGUCUUUGCUCCACCUGGAGAGGCCUAUUCCCGCAUGAGUCACGCCCUGGAGGAGAUUAAAAAAUUCCUAGUUCCAGACUACAAUGACGAGAUCAGACAGGAGCAACUGAGAGAGCUCUCCCUGUUGAACGGCUCCGACGAGUCGAGCAGAGGGAGGAGUGUACAAGUGAGGAGUGUACGACCAGCCACCACAAUAACCACAGGAGGCCACAGAGGCACAGGAAGGAGUGUAACAGCACCUCGGGGGACAGCAGCGACACACAGCAAACUUCCCACGACUGUUUUAACGAGGGAGGUACAAGCUCCGAGAGCCAGGGGGGCAGCAGGGAGUGCAGGAUACAGGCCCCCGCUGUUAGCAGUCACACAUGAAUCAUACGACGACUAUGGCUACGAUGACGGGUAUGGUGGGGAAUAUGAUGACGAGAGUUACGAAGCCUAUGAGGAUAACUACAGUAAUCAGUCAAAGAGCCUUUCAGAAUAUUAUGAAUAUGGACAUGGAACCAAUGAUGAAUCCUACAACAACUACGAGGAGGAGUGGGCGACUUCCCGUCCCAGUCACAAAGCCCCAGUUUUACGGCUGACAAGAGGGGGCUACAGAAAACAUCCCUAUGGUAGAUACUGAAGGUGCUCCAGAUAUGUGACCUCCAAUUUCAAACUUUUUAUAUUUUUUUUAAAUUCCUCAUAUAAUGUUGUAACAUUUUCUUUUUUUUUUGUUCGUCUCCUUUAGAAAUUGAAAUAAAAAAUAACCCCAUAAUUACACAAACUUAAAAAUAUUGGAGUAUUCAGAUUCAGUUUUAUUCAUUCAGGGAUGGAAUCAUUUUUAAAUGUAAAGAGAAAAUGAGGAGUUAUUCAUUCAUGUACAGGGAGGUUCUUCUUAGAAUUGGCUGUUUAAAUGCCCUUCAUGUCACCUCUGUCCCCUAAAACUGUAAUUAUUUCAGAUUUUUUACAUUAAACUGCAGAUUUUUUUUCUUCUAAAUUAUGUCUCAGACAUCUUUGACAAAUUAGUUUCCAUCAAUUGCCUUUAAUGCAGUUAUUAUCAAGGUUUACUAGGAAGUCCCUGUAAUAUCAGCACAACAAUACUGUUGCAUUUUGAGAUGCUCAGAUUAGAUGAUUAUACUCCAAGUUGCCCAGUCCCAAUGUCCACACUAACAGACUCACAGACUGACACUUUGGGCUGUCGAUUGUCAUAUUGUCAAGUGUUUGAUGGCUCUCUGACAGACAUUUUUAGCCCUUACUGCUCACUUUCUGUAAGUCCACAACUCAGAGGCUUUGCCUUAGGGAAUAACCCAUAAUUCAUAAGGUUGUGAUGUUUAAAGACGGGGUUACUGGGGAAAGGCCGGAGGCAUAAAAAAACAAAAAAAACAAGCAGGACUGGCACAUGGGUGUUAAGCGUGCCAUAUUGAAUUUACACAGAAACAUAUCAGACUUAAGAUGGCCUUUAAAAACAUGAAAUGAUUUCUUAUUUUUUCUCUUGAUGAUGUUGGACAAAAAAUAGUAUAAUGAUUAUUUGACAAUUAUCUCUCAUCCACUCCACUGUGAGACAAGAGCCUGGAAGAUACUCAGAUCAAAUAAAAGGUACCAAACCCACAACUGUACAUAACAUGCAAUAUUUGCCAGGACAAUAUGUGCAAAUGUUGCAUAAUGCAAAAUAUUCAUUAUUCUUAACUAGUGCACCUAGGCAGCAACAGUAUGUACACUUGUUUUACUAUGCUGUAUCAAUAUGUAUCAUUAAGUCAGUUGUACAUUGGGUGAAUUUUUUUCUGAUUCUGGACAUGUUUUGGCUUUAACGUAAAAUUAUAUGUCUUGCUAUCCCACUUUGUUUAUGCCAUUUUGAGCCCUGACAGCGUCAAACACUCAAGACAUUUCCAGGUGAUGUCAGUUUAGUCUUAACAAGGAUUUUGGCAUCCGUUUGCUUCCACUAUUAUAUGCACACAGGUAAAAUUAUGUUUUUCCCCACAUUUUAGCUCCCCCUGCAGCUUUACAAAUACCCCUUGACUGCGGCGCUGUAAGGGUGGAAAGUAGAGAGAAACUUUUUUUUGUUAAUUUAAAACAUAUUGAGAGUUUUUUCUCAUUUCUUCUGGUAUUAGAAAACGGUCCUCAAACCUUAGCUUAGCUCUUUGUCAGUCACCCAAAAUGACUCUACAGGCAGGAUGAGACUUUAACCAGCCAGCGCCGCAGAGCAAAUGUGACUUCAAAUUUAAAAUGAGCUGUUUUGAACCUCCAUCACCUUUCUACACAGUUCACUGAUUGGUCUGGCUGUGGGCUCAGUCUGGUUUAAGUGGCUCUUUUCCAGUCUAAUGCCAUGUAGCCAAAUCUUAAUCUUGUAAAAUGCUCACUAGAUUCUUCAGGCCAAUUUAUUUUCUACAAAUUUAUUCAUAGUUUGGUUUAGCAAAAUGAGUCAAACUUAGUAAAAAUUUAAAAAAAGAGCAAGUUUGUGGUGGAUGUGUCCUUUGACGAGUCUGCAGAAAUUUCACUUCCUGUUUGAUUCCAACUGUGGCUUUAACUUUUUUCACGACUUGCAAAAAUCAUAAUUAUAAUUACAGAUAAUGAAACCGCAUACUGCUCUGAACACAAACAACCUGAUAAACUCCAUUAAAGGCAACAGAUGGAAACUGAAUGCAAAGUGACUAAAUGACUGAGCAUUUCUUAUAAAGAAAAAUGUUGAAUGUUCUAAAUCGGACCUCAAGUUUCCCCAUAACUGAUUGCUAUAUGAAACUCUGAUGACUUCAUGGCAAAACUGAGUUUUACAGACUAAAGUUAGCCUAAGUUUUAUUGUGACUUUAAAUGAUAUAGGAUGUGAGAUCGUAAUCGUGCAAAACACUUCUUUUUUUGGUUUGGGUUGAAAGCAAUCAGCAAUGUACAGUGUGUCAUUUAUAAUGCGUGCUUUGUUCUGUGUGUAAUCUGUAUUUGUACAUAAAGCAUUUAAUAAAAACAACAUAAACCUCAACACAUUGUGUAAGACUCUCUAAAUAGGAGGCUAUGGAGCUAUAAAUUGAUAUUGUUUCUGCAGUUUGCUUUCAGGUAACAGCUAACUCGUUUUAUAAAGAAAGCCCACCGAUCUGUCCCAAAUGACUCAUUUGUUAAAUAACUUUUAUUCCUGCUCAACCGUCCUUGAAUAUUUGAUCACUUUCUUAUUUGGAAACUAAUAAAUUUCUUUUCUUGAAUCCAUUCUGUGAAGUUUUACAUCAUUAAACAGACACUGAUUGACUGUGAGAAUGAUAUGGAGUUAAAAGAGGUAAGAAGUCCUCAUAUAUUAUCAUAAUAAUGCGCUCGCCGUUUGAAGUUGGCUCGUGAAGAGCAUAACGGGCCAUACAGGAUGUAGAUCUUGGUCUUUUAUCUGCGACUCAUCAAUGUCUCUGCUAACCUCUUUCUGCAUUUCUGUCAUUUAACCUGAGAAAGUUGUGUAAUUUUCCGUGCUUUAAACAUCAAAGCUGAAGUCCAUUUUAGCCCUUUGAAUUCUCUUUUGUGAUUAGUACACCUGAAGCCUCGCCCUCAUUAAGAGUGUAGAUCACGGGACUGAAAGGAAGACUAAACACUAAGCAGUUAAAGAAACACACUGUUGUGUGAUUUGGUCAAAGCAGAGAUGAAUGGAACAGAACAGAAGGCACGAGAAUCUUCUCCCAGAGGACUGAAGAUUGUACUCAGCCAUCAGACAUGUUCGGGCCCUUCAUCAGUCAGAAAAGUAGCUCGAGAUGAGAGGAAAGAUGAUGGAACAUGAAACAUGACGGCAGAGACAAAUGACUCGCAGGUAAGGAGAUGAUUGUGUGUAUCAGCUGUUAAUGUUCACUUUAAGAAAAAUAAUCAUGCAAUUAAUCUCUGUCUAUAUGGAUUUGUAGUUGGUGUCUUUUAACAGCCUGAAUCUUUUUAGGAAUAUUUUUUAGAGCUCUGGUGGAAGCACUUUUAUUGUCUCCAUUCCGGCAGGGUCAAAGGCAUACAAGACUUUAAAGAGUUUUUUACAACAAAACAAAAAACUUCCUUCUCGUCUUUUGGAACACCUGUAUGUCUGCAUAGCUGUGCUACAUAGUCAUACAUCCCACUGUAAAUAAAGCUGUUUCACACAACUACAACCUGAAAAUAAUUCUGCAAUAUGAAAAAUCUUAACUUGGAUUUUUUUCAUGUAAUAACUGUUAAUGCUGACAUUCAUUAAGUGUGUCAAAUUAUGUUUUUUUUUAAAUUUGGGUAAAGUUCAAGUCUUCCACCCUGGUCUGAUUGAUUGUAAGUUAAGCAUGACAUCUUUUGGGUGAAACCUGUGUUUUUGUUUGGCCUAUCAACCUCCGCUCCUAAUCUAAAUGGACUUUGUCGUUCUUUAUACUCCAUAUCCUCACUUUUGCCUUGUCUUCCAUCAUAUAUACUAUAGUCACUAGAGGGUGCCACCUAGUGAAAAACAUAAACAUGGGUCGUAAUAAGCUGCUGUACAAAUUAUAUAUUUGAUAUAGUUUUUGGUGGGAUGACAGUCUCCUAUUUCUUCCACUUUCUUUGGACUUUUUUAUAAUCCAGAUUCUGAAAAAGUUGUCUAAAACCUAAAUAAAACAGAAUGCAAUAAUUUGUUCAUCCUUUGCGACACAGAUUCAAUAAAUUUCUUAAAACACACCUCAAGGUAAGGUAGGGUUAGACAAACAAAUUAUGUAAUAUCGAUUGUGUUUCUUCUAUUAUAAGCCUUGGCUCAGAUUCCCUUUGGUCUUAUCAUAACCCUGCCCCUAAACCUACCUGGGCAGGUAAGUUCUAAGAGGUUAAUAAUUAAUCUAAUACCUUAUUUAUGUUAAUAUACAACUCAGAAUUUGAUGCAUUCUGUUUUUAUUCAUGUUUUACACAGUGUAAAAUUCUUUGGAAUCACGGACUGGACUGAUAACUGCUCUAGAAAGAGAGAGUAACAUUACAAAAAAAAAAUAUUUUUCAAACUAUAUUUUACUCUCCUAGAACUGUCACUGACUUAGUAAUGACAUAAGACAAGUAGACAGAUAUGAAUAAAUAUGUAUGGUUGAAAAUAGAGGUUGCACAACUCGAGUUGACACCAACACAUUCUGCAGACAUGUAAUGAUACCAUCUGCUUGUGUGUUCAGACUGGCUGAGAGAAAGCGACAGAGAGAGAGGCAUCCUCAGGUAUGCAACACGCUGUAAUCACUAAUUCAGUCAACGGCUGUGUGAACAAAUAAAUGAUGGCUCCCAACUUUCAUGCUUAGUGCCUUAUUUUCUCGAAUAAUUGCACCUAUUUGUUCUUAACAAGACAAUAAAAGCUCAUUUGAAAAGGUUGAGGUGAGAGCGAGGAGGUCUAUCUCCUUUCAUCUCCAUCUCAAGGACGAGCUGAUUGUCUCUGGCUGAAAGCUGCAUCUCCAUACAGAACGUCACCCUGGAUGUCAGACGCGUGUUGACAGAUUAUAACUGGGGGAUUCAUAAAGAGACAGCCGGUGGAUCGAGGGGAAUUACUUUACUGCAUUUGAUGCACAACCAGCCAAAAUGUCAGACUCGGGGCUCAAAGGCUCGCUGCAUAUACAAACUACUGCACACCAAGGACAUAAUGUCAUUUGUCAUACAUCCUCACAAUCAAUUCAGACAGAUGACAACAUGCCUGUCACAUGAAUUGUUCUACAAUAUAAAGACUGAAAGGAAUAAUUUGACUUUUUGGGUUUAUUUGACAUUUUGCUAAUAGUUACCAAUCUAAUCUGACCUUUAAAUAUAGAGCUACUGCCACCAGACAUUUAGCUGAUCAUCAGAAAUGUAUAUGUGAUAGUAAAAUUUACAUAAAAGGUGAAGCUUUCAACAGAAGCAAAUGAGGGUAUAUCACAAAAUUGAAGUUAAUGAUGAGUGCUAAGCUAAUGAUAUUGAUAAAAUUACAAAUUAAGAGACAUAAAAUGGUCAAAGAGUGAUUGGUGGGGGUUAAUCUACUGUAUCUAGGUAUCUACGGUAUCUAGUGCUUUGUGUUAGGUUGGCAGUUCCUUUUGACACUUAAGAACAAUCUAUACUUAAGACAAUAAUUAGAAAGAAAGAAAUAUAAAUAUAUAUUAUUUCUAAAUUGUCACCAAAUGACUAUUACAAGAAUGACGAUGGUGAACGACAUCACUGGGAUGACUUUCUGUUGAAAGCUAGAAACGCUGACAGCCAAUAAAAAUCAUUUCCAACAUACAGCGUUUCAUAUUCAAACUCUAUUUAAUAAUAAAGAACAAAGUGUACUUAUUGAAAUCAACAGCAUCUCUCUCUCUCUCUUUCUUUCUCUCUCUCUCUCUCUCUCUCUCUCUCUCUCUCUCUCAUUCUUCUCUCUGCAACAUGGCAGGUUUUAGCAAUAUUCUUACUAAUCAUGAUAUUCUUAUAAUUUUGAUUUUAAAAAAAAGCUAUAUCAGGUGCUUUAUAAAUAGUGUAUCUGUCAUUUCUGGCUAUUUCUUGACCUUACUAAGGAAACACUGUUUGCAGUCUUUAUCUGGAUGUAGCUUCAUAUUUAGCAUACAGUCAGUGGUAUCAGACAAGAAAGCUAAUAAGUUUAUUUCACUACAUUUUCAAACUAUUCCUUUAAAUGUUUGCAUUUAUUUUGCUCUGUUUUGACUUUCAGUAUACUGCGUGUUUCUCUGUUUUUUGUGUG